UCGCGCGAUAGAGGGAGGAGAGAGUGGUACGCUUGCGCCGCCAUUUUUUGCCGCCGCACGCGCACCUUUCAAAAUUCGAAAAUCCUCGUCUAGUGUUUAUAGACAGUGCUGUGUUUGUGUACUUUUGUGUUGACCUGCGUGUUGUGAGACGAAUUAGUAGUGCAGUGUAUCAGUGUUUAACGGAAUUGCCUAAGAGAAGGUAAUUCAUCACCACAUAUAGGAUUGUUAUUCCCCACCAUCGGGUAAGAGUCAUCUCAUAUCAUACAGAAUGUUUCGGUGGAAGGGGAAGGUGAGGUAGUCGACAGAUGGCAGUGAGCCCGGCUAUGUACCGCCCCGGGCCGCUCGACCCGUACGCGUCGCAGAGGAUAUACGAGACAGCGGAGGGAACUCGCCCUAAGAAAUGGUCCUCAAAAUUGAAGCUUAACACUUCUGGAAGUUCAAAAUCUUCGGACAAAUCACCCGACAGUCCGUACAUGUAUGGAACUAUUGGUGGGCAAGGGGGAUCAUCUUUGUCCAAAUCAAUGAAGUACGCUGAAACUUUUCUCUAUGGGUCCGUAAGGACGUCCACACCACCGACGAGACCUAGUGCAUAUCCUACUUAUCCUGAGGUACCUGGACCAGUUUUAAUAAGCACGCCACAAAAACCUACUCCACAUAACUAUGCUGUAAUUCUAUGUUCCUGUCCUGAGUACCUAAACGGUACCAAGAAAACAAGCUCUACCAAAGUCAGUAUAUGUAAGAAAUGUAAAGGAUCUCGCCUACCUUUGACUAUAGCAGACAGUCCCAGAUUGCUUGUCGGAGGCACCGUCAGAGGACCACAACUCAGUCGAGAUGCAGGGCUUAUGCGAGCUGGAACUGUUCGGGUACAGGGCUCGAAAUCGAGGCCCAGUAUAUUGAAAUCAAAUGGCGAAUCAGAUCCAUAUGAUUUAAUGCGAAGGAGUCGACUUAUCCCACCACAUGAAGCACGAAUCGGUAGUCAAUUUUCAGUCACUAGGUCUCGUGCUAAAAGUAUUAGCCCUUGUAGAAUCAAAACAAAAAAAUUGAGCCCUGAAAGCAUACGAAAAAAUAGAAGUAAGUCAGUAAGUCGUGUAAAUGAGGUGUGGAUAGACGAAGAGGAAACUUCAAAUACAAAUGACUCGAAGAAAUCAAUACUAGCAUGUGACAUUAAUCCUUACGAUUUGGUGAAAUGUAAUGAUUCACCAAAGUCAAUGGCAGAAAUUGAAUUUGAGGAUGCAUUUAGUGAUGUAUUUGAAGAUUCGAGUAAAGACAAAAAAUCUCUUACAACGAGUCAAAAAUCUGACAUACACGUGAAGGCAAUUGGUGGUCAGAGAAUCAGAGUUUCUAAUGAAGGAAGUAAUAAUAAUGAAGCAUCAAUUUAUGAUCCUGUUGACUAUGAUCUCAAAAAUUAUGAUUUUAAAUCGACUGAUAUGUCCUCAGCAUUAUCAUUACCAAACAUUAAAAAUGAAAACAACAAAUCAGGAAUUUUAAAUAAAACUAGUAACAAAAAAUUUACUGCACUAUCCCCUGGUAAUCGUACAAAACAAAAAAGUGUAUCACCUAAGCGACCACCAAGAAGAGUAAGGAAUAUCAAGACGGAUGAUGAUAGUGAAAGUGACAAUCACUGCAUACCUGAGAAAACCUUUAUUAAAAAAAUGACGAACGACAGAAAUUCAAAAUAUAAGUAUAGCAACGCCGACACUAUAAAAUCUAUCCUGAAAAAGCCAAAAAGUGUAGAACAAGAUAAACACAAUUCAAAAUUAGAACUAUCAGAAAAUCAAUCAAGCAACAAGACUGUUAGUUCUCAGUUUUAUCUACCUAAACCUAAAGAAAAAAGGCAACCUACAACAAAAAAUACUGUGCAAAGAAAACGUGUACAGUUUUUAGUGGAAAAUGAGGAAACAAAGAUUAUUUACACUGCGGAUCUAAGUCUUCAAAAUAUAGAAAAAGAAGAAAAAGAAACAUCGCCAAAUAAUGAAAACGCCAUAGAAUAUGUCGAGGAGACGGAUACAAAUAACGAGUCAACACCUGUUGCUAACACUGACACCUCAUGUCAAGACAUCUCAGCAGAUAAUGAAGCGCAUCCGGACUCCCAAUUGUACGAAGACGUUGAACCAAAUGUUGCUAAUGGUGAUAUUUGUACAGAAGAAACACUUACCGGUAGUCAAGAUAAAUCAGAAGAGGUAGUCGACAAAGAUAACAAUAUUCCGAAAGUGAAAACUUUACGUCGAUCUGAAUCAGAACGAGUUCAGCCGACAAUAUUGAUUCAACAGCCAAAGUUUUUGGACACAAUGGCUUUACGAAAUAAACCUAAACAUGGCCAUACAAGUCAAGUUUUUCUACAAUUCGUAAAUGAGGCAGAUUCCUCUGUGUUCCAAUCUAAUGAACAUCAGGAUGAUACUAAAGAUUUUAAAUUUGACUCUGUCGAAGCAAGUAAAGAGUACAUCAAUAAUGAUAUUGACAACGGAAAUCUUAGUGACACAAGUGAAAUAACUAGUAACGUGUUGAAGAAUCUACGAUGUGGUAUAAAUGGAUCACCAGAGCCACCUCCGAGAUUAAAAACAAAAACUAAAAAACAUAACUAUGUAAAAACAAGGUUUGUACGUAAUAAUUCAUCAAGUUCAACGAGUGAUGAGUGGUCAGAUACUAACGACACCGAACAGAAAACUGUUUUAAGGGUAAAACAAUUUGAUUCUGAUGAUUGUGAAGAAUUAAAAAAUAAACUGUCGCUGGUCGAAAUUGAAUCUAGAAAAACAUCCAUACAAAUUACUGGCAAUGACUGCUACUCGACAAUGAAUGUAAGUAGUGAUACGCCCAUUUACUUGUCAUCAGUAGUAGUAAAUGAUGAUUCUGGAAACGCUUGCAAUACGUACCAAACUGGGACUACUGUAACAAUAAGUGUUGGUACACCUGAAAAUGAAGUAAAAAAAUCGAAAAGCCAAAUAUACAUAGGUGGAAUUUUCCCUGAAGCAAACAGUACAAAGGAAGAAGCAAACACUUAUGAGGAAUAUUACAGCAAUAAUUACAGAAAUGAAAAGUAUGACGACUUAAAUAGAAACCUAAUGAGUUCAAUUUUGAAUGAUCCCGUUGAAGCAGUGAGACGCAAUUUGAUUCCUCAUGUUUGUGGCAAAAAAGAUGAUCACAGAGAAAGUUGUAACAGCCACAAUGAACAACUUGAGAGUGGCAAUUUUGUUACAAAAUUAUUUAAUGAUCCCUUCUUUGCCCAUCUGGCUGAAGGAUUAGAUUCAAAUCUUGUAAAGAAACUAAUAGAAAAUUCAUUGAUGAAACUCCAGGAAGUGAAACACCAGGAAGGAACAGACAGCAGCAAAGCAACAUUAGAAAAACUUAUAGAAAGUUCCCUUAUAAACUUAAAAGAGGAAGUUUCUAAAUCCGAAAAAGCAAAAUCACAUGAAAAUGCUGAAACGAAAGAAACUGACGAACGAAAACUUAAUAGCAGUUCACCAGAUAACGAAAAUUGCUGCUCUGCUCCUUAUGAAAGUAUGGAGUAUGAAAGCGGUGCGAUAGGUAUUUUAUCCGACCUCGAACCACUGUCAGAUUGUUAUAAUGCAUCAGCUAGUGAAUUAUCAACUGAAGAUGAUACAAAUUCAACUAGAUCUAAAUUUUAUCAAAUGCUAGUUGAUGCUGCAAUAUGUGACUUGGAAACCGCUAAUAAUACUGAUGAUGAUCAUCAUUACGAAGCAAUACGACUCAAUAGUGAUCCUAUAUAUGAAGAAAUAGGAGACAUGCCUCCUCCUCUUCCAAUUAAUCCACCACCAAACUCCUUAAUGCUAUUGGAUGAUGAAAAACGAAGCGGUUCCAGGUCUAUAUUUGAGGGAGCAUCGAAGUAUGAUAUACUUUCUUAUUUAGUCGAUGCCAAGGAAAGAGGUAUCGAUGACGAAGAAACUUAUAUUACUAACUACGAAAAUGAUACUGAAAAUUCGACAAUCUUGGUUGAUUCUAAAGAAAAGGAUAAUACUUCUGCUAUUAAGGCUCAUAUUUCCAGUAAUACUAGCCAGCUAUCAAACACUUCAGAUUCUAGCGAAGAUAAUUCAUUGAUCAUUCAUCAAGAAAUUUUACAGAAAUCAGUUGUUUGCAAGAAGACAUCCGCAGAAAUUGAACGCAAUGAUUCUGGCGUUGGGUCAGAAACUAGCAAGUCGUCUAGGAGUAGAUUGCAAGGGAAGAUUGCUCCUAACAGUAUAUUAUGCGACAAAGAUGCUGCCAUACAUUUAUGUGAGGAUUGUGACACAGCUGUUGAAACACAAAUGACUGAACAAGGUUCCAUAUACGCUCCGUUAGUGUGUCGUAAAUGUUCCAAGAAACGAGCUGAACGUAAAGAAAUUAUAACGGAAAUAGUUGAAACCGAAGAAAAAUAUGGUCGCGACUUAUUAAUAAUACUAGAAGAGUUCUAUAAACCUAUGCUAGUUGCUGGCCUUUUAACUCACGAACAACUAAGUGCUAUAUUUUUAAACGUAGAAGAACUAAUAGAGAACAAUCAGGUACUAUCGGAAAAACUAAGAGAUGGACUCGAAAUAGCUGUUGAACAAGGAGACGAGGAUUUACUGACGGUGAACGUGGGGAAGAUUCUUCUGGAAUGCUCCGGCAUGCUGACCGCGUUUCAAUCGUACUGCGUGAAGCAGGCCGGAGCGGCCCUACUGCUGGCAGGUCUCGAGAAGGAGAAGGAACUCCUGAGGAUAUUCUUACGCGUGUCGCAAAUGGAAAAUGCGGUUCUGAGGCGAAUGAAUCUUAACUCGUUCCUCAUGGUUCCUGUACAACGCGUGACAAAAUAUCCCCUCCUUCUCUCGCGAUUGUACCGCGCGACUGCGGCUUGCGCGUCCGAGCGCGAGGACGUGAAGAAUGCGCAGCGCUGCGUCGAGUCGCGUCUCGAGGAGAUCAACGCAGCGGCUGCGGCGGCGGCGGCUGCGGCUAGAGACGUACCUUUAUGGCGGCGACUGGCGGCGGCGAGGCGGACCGCACACGACCUGCACGUAGCCGAUAUACGGCUGAGAAAGAUGGCGGUAGACGUGCUGGACUGGAAUCAUGAUGAUGCAAGGUUCGCCAUGGAAGGCAAGCUGCUGUUCACCCAACCGAACGACAACAACUGGCGCAAGGGCCGCACCAUCAAGCUCAUGCCCAUCAACGCUCUUUUGGUUACUAAUGGAAAGCCAAACAUAGCGCACAAAACGAACGAAAUCCGCGAGACGAGGGAGGCGCGGGACCGCGAGGCCAGGGAACGCGAGGGCGACGCGUUGUUCGCCCGCAGCGGCGUCCGCGAAGCCGCAUUGCUGCUGGUGCGCGAGAAAGCCGGACGGUACACGCUGCAUCGCGACCCGCUGUUCCUGGACCGAUGCGUGGUCGCCGCUGACCACGAGCCAGAACAUUUCUUUGAGGUCCACGAGAUCACGACUAAGGACUCGUUUAUUUUUAAGGCUGAGGAAAGUUCCCGGACCCGAACCUGGUACCGGCAGCUGCAGUACCACGCGCAGGGCGCAGGCGCCUGGCGCAAGCGGCGGAACGCGCUCGCCAACAUCAUGAUCAACCCCAUGCUCACCAGGAACUAGGACCAUGUGCGCCAAGAUUGAAGUUAACCCUAGGUUGAAAAUCAUUUGCGCCAGUCUGGGUUAAAGUUGGGAUUGAAAAAUUUCAAUUGCGCCAAUGAGGGUUAAAGUUAUACCUGGGUUGAAAAUCAUUUGCGCCAGUCUGGGUUAUAGUUGGGAUUAAAAAUCCCAUUUGCGCCAGUCUGGAUUAAAAUUAUCCCUAGGUUGAAAAUAAUUUGCGCCAAUCUAGAUUGAUGUUAUCCCUGGGUUGAUAAUCAUUUACGCCAGUCUGGGUUAAAGUUAAUCCUGGGCUGAAAAAUUGUCUCGUUUGUCAUAUAUAUAUAACAUGAAACAAGGGAUAUUUUAACACAGUGUUUUUAACUCGUAUUAGCGCAUGCGGACUUCAGAGUGCUUCUGAAAUGUACACAUUUGGAAGUACACUAACUCCGAAGGGUCUAUACUGGCAAGCGUGAUAGAAGACGAUCAGGGAUCCAAUUCUUGUAUCACCAAACUUCGUCUUUGUGAACGCCUCAAACUUUCGACUGUGCGCAGAUCGGAGAUUCGAGAAUUGGACAACCAAUUUAUUAGUUGCUAACAUUGCCAGCAUAACAUUUAUUUGUGUCCGUAAAAAGUACUAAACCCGCCUAAGUGCUAACUUAAGAAGCAUUUUGUUAAAUAUAAUACGUAUGCUGCUACCUAAUGCUUUCACUGCCUCUUAAGUCUUACACCUCGUUUAUACUCAUCCGGAUUCCACGGAUGGUUGUAAUUGGGGCUUAACGAAAAACUAAAG